GAUUUUCUUUUCACCAAACCAGGAAUCGAUACCGUGCGUGAAACAAAAACAGAAUUGAUUGGAGCGAACACACACACACACACGGGUGAAGAAAAAAAAAACGAAGGGAAACGCGAAGGGCAAAUCUAUGGCUCCUCGGUAGAGAGGCUCGUGUUGGAGUGGUGUUACAAUGCACAGUACGUAAAAUGUGUCAAAAUGGGUACGAUAGCAUCGGUGCUCCAGUGGUAUUGUACGAAAUGCAACUACCUAAACCCAACGGAAAGCGUACGAUGCCUUAGGUGUCGCACAUUUCGCAAAGCGAACAGAAACGUCGACCUGAUCCACCAUCAACUGCUCGCCAGCACCGACGGCAGCAUUCCCGUUUCGUCAUCGUGCGUCCGUAUGAAGGAUGUGAAUAGAAAGCUAGUUACGAACGAUUGCUUAUUUCGCGUGAUAGACAGCCUAGCGCUAGCGCACAAAAACAUUAACCGGAAGAAAAUCGAACGAUCGUUCGUGCAUCCGGUGCCGGAUCCCCGCUGCUGCUGGAACCGGAAACGGUACCUGUCGCAGCCGAGCAUCAACCGCAAAUGGAAUUGCCACCGAUGCCGCGUGUACAAUCGUAGCGUUUCCUGGCACUGCAUUAACUGUGAAGCACUGAGCGUGAUCGCGCCCGUGUACAAAGACACGAUCAAGAAGCCACUGACGCCGCUUACUUGCAGAAACACCGAGCACGGCAACAGCACCGACCACUGCACCGGUCGGACCGCGGUGCCACCGUACGCACCGUGUCGCCUUAAAACGUCCCGCAGCAUGGAGCAGGUCGGGUCGGCCCGGUGCCGAUUUUGCAUCUACAAUCAGUUUAGCUUCGAGAGCGAUACGUCGCAGACGUGCUGUUGCUGUUGCCGGACCACGAAACCCGCCCGCUGCCCGAAGGAAUCCGACACCGACGGUCGGGAGCAGGGCAUUACGACGAUUACGAAGCGGACGGGCGGGUUGAUAGUGGUGCCGUCGACGGCGCCACGGUACAUCGAGACUGCGGCCACAAUCAACGUGCGGCUCAAGGAACCGAGCAAAACCAAGGGACACAGUCAAACAGGAAAAAAAGUUCCCGCUUCAUCGCCGGGUGCACUAGAACCAAUCUAUGCAGUUAUCAACAAGGAGGCGAAACGCAAAAACAUUAACAAAAUAGCGAGCGAUGCUGUAAAUAAUAAUGCACCGAUAGCAAGCGUCAAUCUGCCGGCACACGCAAAGGAAUCGCUACGUGACGAUUACGCAAACCUUCCAACACCGAUGAGCUGUAAAAAUGGGAAAUCCGAGAAAGAGAAUGACACGUUAAAUAAUACUACUAGCGCGGGAAGUGAAAAGGUUGCUGCUAAAUGCAAAUAUAAUAAGCAACUUUUCUACUAUAAAAAUAAUUUUGAUAAAGUUAAUUAUCACGGCGGUGAUCAUGAUAUUUUUUCCGUUAUGGAUGAAUAUAGCACGCAUCAGAAUUCCACAAUACUAGAGUUAGAUAACAUUCCUGCGAUCGUUAAGGUACCGAUAGCGAGCUUCGAGCAGGAUCUAGAUGAUGAGUGGUGCACGAAAUCAUCUAAAGCGACGGAUGAAAAGGAAUGGUCCUGCAGGAAGUGUACGCUGGUAAACACUAGCACCGCACUCGCGUGCAUUGCCUGCGGUGGCUCAAAGCUCCGCAGCAUCUGCAACGUCGAGGAGAUGACGCUGAAGAAGGGCGAAUUUUGGACGUGCCACAAAUGCACGCUAAAGAACUCGAUCGUACAGCCCGACUGCAGUGCCUGCAAAUCGUUACGCCCGUCUGUUAAGGGUCCGGGUGUGCUGGUGGUAAACGAGUCGCUUGCCACGAACCGAUUGAUAUUAGGACAGUGCGACGAACCAUCGAACAGUAGCCGUUCCAGUUCGUCGGCACCCGGGCACGGCGGGACACCGAUCGAUUCGGGUGCCAUUCCAAAGCAGCUGCAGCAGCAACAGCAGCAGCCGCCGCAACCGCCACAGCAAGGACCACCGCCACCAUCGCCCCAGUCGUGCGUGACGGUCAAAUCGAUCGUACCGUCGAUGCAGGUAUCGAUACCGAAGCGUACCUGGCAGUGCCCGGCCUGCACGUACGAAAACUCGCUCGCCUGCGUCGUGUGCGAUAUCUGCUCAAGCCACCGGCACAUCGAUACCGGCUGUCUGGUGUGGCAGCAGCAACAGCAGCUGCAGAAAAACAAUCGGCUCGAGGAAAACCAACGCCAGCUGGACGAUCUGGAGGCGCUCAAUCGCUGGAAAAGCAUCAUCGAGUACUGCGUCGAGAAUGGGCAAGCGUUCGUGGACGAUUCGUUUCCGCCGGCAACGAAAAGCCUGUACUAUCAGCCCUCGUCCAACAUCGAGUGUAACCCGGUCGCACAAUGGCGCCGGCCGCACGAAAUCCUUUGCGAGGGUGGCAACCAAUCGACGCCACCGUGGGCCGUCUUCCGCACCCCCCUACCGUCGGACAUCUGCCAAGGUGUGCUCGGUAACUGUUGGCUGCUGAGCGCACUGGCCGUGCUGGCCGAACGCGAAGAUCUCGUCAAGGAGGUGCUGCUGACGAAGGAAAUCUGCCCGCAGGGUGCGUACCAGGUAAAGCUAUGCAAAGACGGCCGCUGGACGACGGUCCUGGUGGAUGAUCUGCUACCGUGCGACAAGCGUGGCCAUCUCGUCUACUCGCAAGCAAAGCGAAAACAGCUCUGGGUACCGUUGAUCGAGAAAGCGGUCGCGAAGAUACAUGGGUGCUACGAAGCGCUCGUGUCCGGUCGUGCGAUCGAAGGUUUGGCCACACUGACCGGGGCACCGUGCGAAAGCAUUCCACUGCAAGCCAGCUCACUGCCACUGCCGAGCGAGGACGAUCUAGACCGGGAUCUUAUAUGGGCGCAGUUGCUGAGCUCCAGGUUAGUGAAGUUUCUGAUGGGUGCCAGUUGUGGUGGCGGUAACAUGAAGGUGGAUGAGGAUGAGUAUCAGAGGAAGGGGCUCCGGCCGCGGCACGCCUACUCCGUGCUGGACGUGCGAGAUAUUAAAGGACAUAGGCUGUUGAAACUGCGCAAUCCGUGGGGACACUUUUCCUGGCAAGGCGACUGGUCCGAUGAUUCCGAACUGUGGACAGACGAGUUGCGAGACAGUCUGAUGCCACACGGUGGUUCGGAAGGUGUAUUUUGGAUAUCCUUCGAGGACGUAUUAAGAUACUUUGACUGCAUCGAUAUAUGCAAGGUGCGGUCGGAAUGGAACGAGGUACGGCUGUUUGGCACCUUGCAACCGCUCCGCGCUUUAUCCUGCGUACUAAUCACGGUGCUCGAACCAACCGAGGCAGAAUUUACCCUCUUCCAGGAAGGGCAAAGAAAUUCGGAAAAAUCUCAACGCUCUCAGCUCGAUCUUUGUGUGGUGUUGUUUCGAACGCGCAAUCCAGCAAAUCCUGAGGUGGGCCGAUUGGUGGAGCAUAGUAAACGACAGGUGCGUGGUUUCGUUGGCUGCCACAAGAUGCUCGAAACGGACCUGUACAUGUUGGUUUGUCUCGCGUUCAACCACUGGCACACGGGAAUUGACGACUUUAUGCAAUAUCCGCAGUGUGUGCUAGCGAUACACAGCUCCAAACGGUUGCUGGUGGAGCAAAUCACACCACCCCCAUUCCUGCUGGCCGAUGCAAUCAUCAAUCUUACGCUGGCCAAGGGCCAGCGGCACGAAGGCCGGGAAGGGAUGACGGCGUAUUAUCUAACGAAGGGAUGGGCUGGCCUGGUAGUGAUGGUUGAGAAUCGGCACGAAAACAAGUGGAUACACGUGAAGUGUGACUGCCAGGAAAGCUACAACGUUGUUUCGACGCGUGGCGAGCUCAAGACGGUUGAUUCCGUCCCACCGUUGCAGCGGCAGGUAAUUAUAGUGCUGACGCAGCUGGAAGGCAGCGGUGGGUUUAGCAUAGCGCAUCGUUUAACUCACCGUUUGGCGAACUCGGGCGGGUUGCACGACUGGGGACCACCGUCCUCUACACACUAUCCGCCGAUCGACAACGUGUCCGAGCUGCACUCACCGCGCAUGAUUACCUAGAGAAUCUAUUGGCACCAUCACAGUAGGGGCAAGUGCAAGUGAAAAGUCGACCGUUGUGUUCGGCUGCGUGAAUUUAACCAGGCGGCUAGGCUGUGUCGGGGGAUGCAUCCCGUACACUGGCUUGCUUUGACUAUUUUAGUACAUCCGUAGCGGGAAUGGUGGCGAUCCUAGAUGUCCAUCGAUCGUCUUGCACACAUGGUACGGGCGGCGCACAAUCGAAUGCUGCCGCGGAAAAGACGAGAAAGAGAGAGAGAGAGAGAGGAGAGUACACAGCUGGGUCAAAAUUAGUGAUGUGCAAAUUGAGUCAGAAUACGUGAAUGAUUUAAAUCUUAGCAAUGAAUUAGAUGAUUUAAAUCAUCACCAUGCCGACUAACCACUCACUCAUGAGUUAAAUGACUCAUUGGUGGUUUAAUGAUCUGUUCCGACGAGCUUCUCAUUCACUGCGUUUCAAUUCUCUCACCUUGAUUCAGUCAGAAUAGUAGUGAGUUAAAACGUAAUGAGUGAGUGAGUGGCUAGUCGGCACGGAGCGUUAAACCAUUCGUCGAGAUUUAAACUCCCUAAGAGUGAGUGUAAGAUUUAACUCACUGCUCUAGCUCAUUCACUCUGAUUUAAUACACACUUACUGAGUGGUUGCUCCCAUCACUGGUCGAAAUCGACGUGGACGUGUGUUGUGUUGUUGUUAGGCAGCGACGGACGCGCGCGCGCGUAGGCGAAUACGUCCUACAUACGAAACUCUCAAAAUAAUCAUUGCUCUGAUAUUGAUACAAAUAAAAAUCUCCAUAGCCCACAGAGACACACACCUUCACAUGUUACGAAAA